UAUAUGGACUCAAGGUUCCACCAUUCAAUGCAUCUCUUCCCAUCUACUUCAAAUUUCACAAAUAAUGGAUCCACCAGAGUUUGAUCUCCAAGCAUACCUUGAAAAAAGUGAGAGAGAAGAUGCUUAUGUACUCAACCAUUUUAGAGAGCGUCAAAAUCUAAUAUUGCAGGCUAGUGCAACUCGUGGUAGAAAAAAUCUCAACAGAGAUCAUGCAGCGGCAAACCGAAGGCUAAUUGACGACUACUUUGCCAAUGAGCCUACAUACGACGAUGGAAUAUUCCGUCGCCGGUACCGGAUGCAAAAACAUGUUUUCCUUCGAAUCGUUGCGGACCUUUCAAGUAGUGAUAACUACUUCACACAACGAUUUGAUGCAGCGAAGAAAGAAGGCAUAUCGCCCUUAGCAAAAUGCACCACAGCAAUGCGAAUGUUAGCAUAUGGUGUGGCAGCAGAUGCAGUCGAUGAGUACAUCAAAAUCGGAGGUACUACAGCACUGGAGUGUGUACGUAGAUUCUGUAAAGGAAUCAUACGAUUGUAUGAGCACGAGUACCUGAGAGCACCAACUCAAGAGGACCUGCAAAGAAUACUACAGGUUAGUGAACAGCGGGGGUUCCGAGUGGAGAAAUUCACCACGGUUAUUCUUGAAGCAGUUGCAUCUCAUGAUCUAUGGAUCUGGCAUGCCUUUUUUGGGUGUCCGGGGACCCUGAACGACAUAAACGUUCUAGACCGGUCACCAGUGUUUGAUGAAUUGGAACAGGGAAACGCGCCACGUGUGAAUUUCAUCGUGAAUCAACGUCCCUAUAAUAUGGCAUACUAUCUAGCUGAUGGUAUCUACCCUUCUUAUCCAACUUUCGUCAAAUCUAUUAGACUUCCUCAAAGUGAACCCGAUAAGUGCUUUGCAAAACAUCAGGAGGGAUAUCGGAAGGACAUCGAGCGUGCAUUUGGAGUGCUUCAAGCUCGUUUUCAAAUCAUCCGUGAACCAGCUCGCUUGUGGGACAUAAAUGAUUUGGGUAUCAUCAUGAGGUCAUGCAUCAUAUUACACAAUAUGAUUGUUGAGGAUGAACGAGAUUCAUAUGCUCAACGCUGGACCGAUUUUGAGCAAGCUGAGGGAAGUGGAUCUAGCACACCGCAACCAUACUCGACCGAGGUGUUGCCCGCUUUUGCGGAUCAUGUGCGUGCUAGAUCCGAGUUGCGUGAUCCAAAUGUCCAUCACCAACUGCAAGCAGAUCUAGUGAAGCACAUCUGGACAAAGUUUGGAAUGUAUCCUCAUGAUUAAAUAUGCUUUGUAUCGUACUAAUUAUGUUAUU